UAUUUGUCUCUCCGGCUCUCUCGUCAACGAAACCUGCUAGUGUGAUUGUGAAAUUUUGUAAGAUACGCCAUGUCGCUCGAGCGGAGACCCAACCAGGAGAUGAGUGAGACACAGUUUCGGAAACUCUCGUUAUCCGACACAAAGGUUCCCUCUCACCGCCAGGAUGCUGGCCGUAGUUCUCUGGGCAACGUGUCGUCGGUGGAACGGGAGGAGAACGCUGUGGCUCGACGUUUCUCGGGUGGAUUAGCCGCUCUGCAGGCUGGCAGUGUGGCCGAGGGUCUGGUGGCGGCCUUCCGGGGUGCCUACGAAUGCAUGCUGCGGAAGGCGCAGAGUCUGCCCAAUGGGCAGCAGCUGCUGGAUUUCUGUGAGGGAUACCGCGAGGAAGUCUUCGGCUUGCUCACCAGCACACUGCUGCCCGAUUUAGCGGCGCUGUGGACAGCCGCUACCGUGCGCGACACUCCAACAUCCUCCGCUCCCGUAUCCACCGGUUUUGAUUUUUCCCUGGUUGCCGUGCACCGGAAGUUGGGAAGCGAUAACAGCAUGACGCACGAGCAACACCGGGCGUACUUGGAAGCCUUGAGCCUGGAGUCACUGCUGACGGACACCCGCGCUGUCAUGGACCGUUAUGCUGUUGUUCCUCCGAUCUUCAACAAGGACUGGUUGGUGGAGUACCUGAAGGUGCUGCGCAUUCUCUUCCCGGAACAGGCUGGAUACGUGGUGGUUCUCACACGCGGUGAUUUCGAUGGACUGGAGCUGGAUUAUGGAGCAGUCGUGACAGCGGAUCCGGAUCCCAAAGCUGUGCUGAUCGUCAAAGGCUACCUGGGUCUGUGGAGUGGCUUUGAACGGGCGGGGGAGCGCCAGCGGGAAUGGGACUUGUGGAUUAUGUCCAAGCAGAUGCGGGACAACGGAGUUGCCUGCUUCCCCGAGCGCAUGUUCUGGCUGUGUUUUCGUGGAGUGCACUGCGGUGUUGGGUGGCAGGAGGGAGCGGCGUUCCCCCAGCGCUACUGGCCCGGUCACACGGACAUUUAUCACGAUGUGCGCCAGGAGGACUCGGUCCGGAUCCUGUGUAAUUUUGCGCAGAUGGUUGUGGACAGAAUGGUGCAGAUGAGUUAAUUCUGUCUGAUAGCGUGACAAGUAAUGGGAAAGACGUCGGCUAUCCUUGGAGCUACAAGUAUUUUACAAUCUUCCUGUUUUGUAGUGCUGCACUUUUGUUUAGUCUUUACAGUACGGUUUUGUAUGU